AUGGCUUCCCUCUGGCGACCACUCCGGCUGCUGCCUCCGUUGCAGUCGACACUAUCACAACCUCUAGGCCUGCGCGCCUGCACAUCGCUUCAGUCGCGCCUGCUCCAUUCGUCACCAAUUCUCCAUGUGCGCAAACCAUCAAAGGCUGUAGUCAGACCUCUCGAUGCUACUGCGACUACUCGCAAGAAGCAACACAGAGAUGCUCUCAGGAAGCAGCAGUCUGUCGACAGGCACAAUGACCUUGAAUCACACGAUGCGCCGAGACUCGCUCCAUCCACUUCGCCAACAAUUUCCACCUCUACCACCUCUACCGCCGCACAUCAACCAUCGACCCCUCCUCCAACGAUACACCAGCCCAUAGCCGUCGCAUCUACGCAACACCACCCUGUCGCCAAGCAGCAAGUCGAAGCUGCUUCAACUCCUCUCCCUACUUCGCCUUUAAAACCCACUUUCGAAUAUGUACCAGGAGGCCGCGACGGUGUCCAACAGUCUCUCAGGGAGCUCGCCAGUGCCGAAUCGCCCACUCUGAUCUAUGAAGCCACAAAAGCUCGUCAAUACAUUGCCUGGUGUCUAUUCGCCAGUUUACUUCUCGGUUGCGUGGCCGCAAUGCAGAUUGGCUUCUUCACCACAGAUCCUUCCAAGAGUGACUUGCGCAUCGCCAGCGUCUUCCUCCUUACCGCCCUGAUGUGGGCCAUCCUCGCAUCAUGGGCGGCCUUUGGAGCAAACGAUGUCAUCAAAAAGAUCUGGGCUAUCCCUUCUAGCACAGGCAGGCCACUUUUGCGUCUGGAACCCGUCAAGAUUGCCUUUGGCAAGCGACCUUUGCCUUUCGAUGUUCCUCUUGGUCGUGUCUUCUCCGACAAGGGCUUUGAGCAGAGUAUUGCCCAUUUUGAGGCCACGAGGGAUGUAAGGCGCAAGCCUGGUGUCCUUGAUGCUCUGUUCGAACCCGUUGGCACAAUCAUGUCUGCCAACAUGAAGAUGAUUCAGAGAAAGUCUUCGUUCGCUCAACUGCGUGUAGCAGAUUCAGGUAUCUGGAAGGUUGAUCUCCGUGACUGCAAAGUCCCUGAUGGUGGCAAGACCCUUGACCUCUUGAUCCUUCCUAGUGAGAGAAAACGAGGCUGGUUUGCCUCGCUGUUCAUCCAAGACGUUUAG